CCUUGAAGCUCGUAAGUUACAGAACCACCCACAGAGACCUCACCGGCACCUCCCAGCCACCAGCGCCCAGUGCUCCUGCUAUCCGGGAACAAACCAUCAUGUCUCGCCAAUCCAGCGUGUCCUUCCGAAGCGGGGGCAGCCGCUCCUUCAGCGCUGCCUCCGCCAUCACCCCCUCUGUCUCUCGUACCAGCUUCAGCUCAGUGUCCCACAGUGGUGGUGGUGGUGGCGGCAGGGUCAGCCUUGGGGGCAAUUUGGCCUCGAGGGGCUAUGGCAGCCGGAGCCUCUACAAUGUGGGGGGCUCCAAAAGGAUAUCCUUCAGUUCUGGCGGCCGCAGCUUCAGGGGUGCUGGAGGCAACUUCGGCUUCGGAGCAGGAGCCGGCAGUGGAUUUGGUUUUGGUGGUGGAGCCGGCAGUGGAUUUGGUUUUGGUGGUGGAGCCGGCAGUGGCUUCGGCUUCGGUGCUGGAGGUGGCCUUGGUGGUGGCUACGGGGGAGCUGGCUUCCCUGUCUGCCCCCCUGGAGGCAUCCAAGAGGUCACUGUCAAUCAGAACCUCCUCACCCCUCUGAACCUGCAAAUCGACCCCACCAUCCAGCGGGUGAGGACUGAGGAGAGGGAGCAGAUCAAGACUCUCAACAACAAGUUUGCCUCCUUCAUUGACAAGGUGCGGUUCCUGGAGCAGCAGAACAAGGUCCUGGACACCAAGUGGACCCUGCUGCAGGAGCAGGGCACCAAGACCGUGAGGCAGAACCUGGAUCCAUUGUUUGAACAGUACAUCAGCAACCUCCGCAGGCAGCUGGAUGGGGUCCUCGGGGAGAGGGGCCGCCUGGAUUCGGAGCUCCGGAACAUGCAGGACCUCGUGGAGGACUUCAAGAACAAGUACGAGGAUGAGAUCAACAAGCGUACCACCGCAGAGAAUGAGUUUGUGAUGCUGAAGAAGGACGUGGACGCUGCCUACAUGAACAAGGUGGAGCUGGAGGCCAAGGUGGACGCCCUGAUGGACGAGAUCAACUUCAUGAAGAUGUUCUUCGAUGCGGAGCUGUCCCAGAUGCAGACCCACGUCAGUGACACCUCUGUGGUCCUGUCCAUGGACAACAACCGCAGUCUGGACCUGGACAGCAUCAUUGCCGAGGUCAAGGCCCAGUACGAGGACAUUGCCAACCGCAGCCGAACAGAGGCUGAAUCCUGGUACCAGACCAAGUAUGAGGAGCUGCAGCAGACAGCCGGCCGCCACGGGGACGACCUCCGAAACACCAAGCAUGAGAUCUCCGAGAUGAACCGGAUGAUCCAGAGGCUGAGGUCUGAGAUCGACAACGUCAAGAAGCAGUGUGCCAACCUACAGAAUGCCAUCGCUGAAGCUGAGCAGCGUGGCGAGCUGGCUCUCAAAGAUGCCAGGAACAAACUGGCUGAGCUGGAGGAGGCCCUGCAGAAGGCCAAGCAGGACAUGGCCCGGCUGCUGCGCGAGUACCAGGAGCUCAUGAACACCAAGCUGUCCCUGGACGUGGAGAUCGCCACCUACCGCAAGCUGCUGGAGGGCGAGGAGUGCAGGCUGAGUGGAGAAGGAGUCGGACCAGUCAACAUCUCUGUCGUCACCAACAGCGUCUCUUCUGGCUACGGAGGAAGCAGCCUUGGCUUUGGCGGGGGCCUCGGUGGUGGCCUGGGCGGUGGCCUCGGCGGCAGUCUUGGCGGAGGUGGCGGCGGAGGCUACUACGUCGGCAGCAGCGGGGGCCUGGGCGGUGGGCUCAGUGUGGGGGGCUCUGGCUUCAGUACGAGCAGUGGCCGAGGUGUGGGCUUUGGCAGCGGUGGGGGCAGCAGCUCCAGCGUCAAAUUUGUCUCCACCACCUCCUCCUCCCGGAGGAGCUUCAAGAGCUAGGAGGAGCCUGAAGCAAGACCCCGGCCCUCUCGGGCAGUCCUGUCCCUCUCAGGCAGCCCCGGGCCCACAGGGACUGCUUCUUCUUGGCAGUUUCCCGGGCCAACCUUUCUCUUUUCUGGAGAGUAGUCUAGGCCAAGUCUACUGCAGAACCACCGAGAGGGAACGCAUCCCGACCUCCGGCCUCCCCAUGCCACCAUUCCACACUGAAAACCUAGAGAUGGUUUUCAAUGACACAGACAUCCAAAGCAUUCCAGACUCUAACCAAAGCAGAGCCCUACCCCGAAUCUCACCUUAACUUUGUCCUGGUUCCGACUUCCUCCAGACAUGUCCAAUAAAACGCUUUUAUAAUAUAA